UGAUCCUAACUGAACAGGCAAAGUAAAUCCACGGAUGAAACACUCAUAACUGAACAGUGAUAGACUAUUCGCUUUCUCCUAAAGCCUUCAAUCGAAAUCGCACGAUGAGAGGGUACAAGUUUUGCUGUGAUUUCCGGUACCUCCUCAUCUUGGCUGCUGUCGCCUUCAUCUACAUACAGAUGCGGCUUUUUGCGACACAGUCAGAAUAUGCAGAUCGCCUUGCUGCUGCAAUUGAAGCAGAAAAUCACUGUACAAGUCAGACCAGAUUGCUUAUUGACCAGAUUAGCCAGCAGCAAGGAAGAAUAGUUGCUCUUGAAGAACAAAUGAAGCGUCAGGACCAGGAGUGCCGACAGUUAAGGGCUCUUGUUCAGGAUCUUGAAAGUAAGGGCAUAAAAAAGUUGAUCGGAAAUGUACAGAUGCCAGUGGCUGCUGUAGUUGUUAUGGCUUGCAAUCGGGCUGACUACCUGGAAAAGACUAUUAAAUCCAUCUUAAAAUACCAAAUAUCUGUUGCGCCAAAAUAUCCUCUUUUCAUAUCCCAGGAUGGAUCACAUCCUGAUGUUAGGAAGCUUGCUUUGAGCUAUGAUCAGCUGACGUAUAUGCAGCACUUGGAUUUUGAACCUGUGCAUACUGAAAGACCAGGGGAGCUGAUUGCAUACUACAAAAUUGCACGUCAUUACAAGUGGGCAUUGGAUCAGCUGUUUUACAAGCAUAAUUUUAGCCGUGUUAUCAUACUAGAAGAUGAUAUGGAAAUUGCCCCUGAUUUUUUUGACUUUUUUGAGGCUGGAGCUACUCUUCUUGACAGAGACAAGUCGAUUAUGGCUAUUUCUUCUUGGAAUGACAAUGGACAAAUGCAGUUUGUCCAAGAUCCUUAUGCUCUUUACCGCUCUGAUUUUUUUCCCGGUCUUGGAUGGAUGCUUUCAAAAUCUACUUGGGACGAACUAUCUCCAAAGUGGCCAAAGGCUUACUGGGACGACUGGCUAAGACUCAAAGAGAAUCACAGAGGUCGACAAUUUAUUCGCCCAGAAGUUUGCAGAACAUAUAAUUUUGGUGAGCAUGGUUCUAGUUUGGGGCAGUUUUUCAAGCAGUAUCUUGAGCCAAUUAAACUAAAUGAUGUCCAGGUUGAUUGGAAGUCAAUGGACCUUAGUUACCUUUUGGAGGACAAUUACGUGAAACACUUUGGUGACUUGGUUAAAAAGGCUAAGCCCAUCCAUGGAGCUGAUGCUGUUUUGAAAGCAUUUAACAUAGAUGGUGAUGUGCGUAUUCAGUACAGAGAUCAACUAGACUUUGAAGAUAUCGCACGGCAAUUUGGCAUUUUUGAAGAAUGGAAGGAUGGUGUACCACGGGCAGCAUAUAAAGGAAUAGUGGUUUUCCGGUACCAAACGUCCAGACGUGUAUUCCUUGUUGGCCCUGAUUCGCUUCAACAACUCGGAAAUGAAGAUACUUAACAAAGAUAUGAUUGGAGCCCGGACAAAGAUUUAGACUUAUUGGGUAGGAUGCAUCGAGCUGACACCAAACCAUGAGUUUACCAGUUACAUACAACGUUUUAAUUGUUAUAUGGAGGAGCUCACUGUUCUAGUGUUGAAGGGAUAUCGGCUUCUUAAUAUUGGAUGAAUCAUCACAACCUAUUUUUUUUAAGCCAAGUGUUCCGAACAUAAAGAGGAAAUGUAGCCCUGUAAAGACAAUACCUGGGACGAUCAUAAUCACAGGUCAAUAGUUUUGCUUCUCAGAAGGAACAUUACAAUUGUGAGCACUCCGCACGCCCUCUUUUGGAAGAAUAUGAGAACUUUUCUCAUUUACUCUAGUCUAUUUUGGAAAUGCAGAUUCCUCAGAAUUUAUAUUACUCUUAGUGUUGUCAAAUUGACGAACACAACUGUGAGCACGUAAUUUUUUCCCUACAAAAUACUCCUACAAAAAUUCACAAAAAAUGGAUUUUUCUA